AUGAACAGCAAAAAUGCCGAGGAGAAGAUUGUCAAUCAACUAACAUUCCAAUGCGUUUACAAGGGAUAUCCACCAGAUACAGCUACAUUCCUCAUUGUUAUACAGGAAACUCACAAAAAUGAUCUCGAAUUUCUUUUUGAAGAGCCCGAUCCAUGGCCGUAUGUUGGAGGAGCGUAUUCCCUCAAUUGUAUAUUAAAGCUUAAAGGAAAAGGUCGGAUAGAGAACAAGUAUCAGUACCAUCUCAACCUAACUUGUCCACGGUGUACAUCGGCUGCGAUUCACAAGAAGGCCACUAAGAAUGAUCGCAUAAUCCAUAGUAUUACAAUUGAUCCGCUAAGUUCUGAAGACAGCGGGCAGUACAGUUGUAGCUGGUACUUCGAUAAUGUACUGAAUCAGACGAUCAAUAAGAAUGUGGACGUGUCGCCAAAGAAAGGACAAAUCAAGGUGCUGAACAGAACUCCUCAAGAGGUCAACGUUAAAGAGGGCCAUUCCAUUAAUCUCUCCGCCGAAUUGGCUGCUUUUCCAGAUGAUUUUCCUGGUUUUAAUGCGAAAUGGAUCCGGAAAUCUAUCAAACCACCGAAAACUGUAAAUGAAACGGAAAAUCUGGUCAGCGAUAAUGACCAUGUAAUAAGUAGUGAUAAGAUAGAUGGAGGACGAGUGAAUGAAAGAAUCGCCAUCAAAAAUGCUCGCACGGAAAUGAGCGGCAUCUACGUCCUCACGAUUGAGCUACUGGAUACGGUACGGACCAUAGAAUGGAAGGUGAACGUGCAAAAUGAACGUAUCAGCGCUAGAAUUGAUAUAAUGGCACCGAAUAGCUGGGUAGUAUUCGAUCAGCAGUACUACCAGAUUGGAACACCGUUGCAUGUGAACUGUCUAGUCACUGCUAUACCACUGGCAACGGUCUCAUUCAUGCGUCGCAGACCAUUAUCCGCUGCUCCAUGGAUUGAUAUUGAUCGAUCAGAACUGGUUGAACUAAAAGGGACCUAUGAAAGCGGGUAUAUCUGGAAUACUACGGUACAAGACGAUCUCGACUUGAAAUGUGAAGGUGAACGUGACGGAAAGACCAGCUUUGAAGUGAAAAGAGUGCGAGCAUCUGAAAGUGAGCCGUUUGUGAAGACAAGCUGGACACGUUCCGAUCAUUCAACAUCACAAGAGGAUCCAAAGGAAAUUUACGAGGGUGAUAAUGUGAAGCUCACUUGUACAGUACCUAACGACGAAGAGUGGACAGUACGAUGGGUCUUCCGUGAAAGCAUGAUUGGCGACGUCAACAAUGUAGUCGACGCCCAUUCACGUCAUCUAAUCGCAAAUAUCAAUAAUGUAACUGGUAGCAACGCUGGCGAGUAUGUCUGUGUCAUGCAAAAAGGCAAUCAAGAGAAACGCUUGAAACAAAUUAUAUCGGUGGUAAAGACCGUGAAGCCCUAUCAUGCACAAUCGGAUCCAGAGAAACCACGGGUACUGCAUUAUGGAAAGUCAGCUGAUUUCGAUUGUAUUAUCGAAGGCACACCUAGGCCUGAUUUCAGAUGGCUCAAAGACGGUCAACCAUAUGAAGGAGGUGAACUGUCAGCGGAUAAUAGGCAUCUUCAUAUUGCCAGAGUUGCCGCUGAAGACAAAGGUGAAUUUGAGUGUGUGGCAACAAAUCGAGCUGGAACAAGUGUAUACAAGUUCGCAACCAAGGUCGAGGGAGCACCGAAGCGGGUAUCAAGCUCAUUUCUGUUCGUGGUAUUCAUGUUACUUUUGGGAUUGUUGUUCUGUCUCAUCACAACUGUUAUUAUGUACUUAAAACAACGUAAAAAGGCGAUUGAGCAGGACCGAGCUCUGAAUGUUCUCUACGAGCAGCUUAUGAAAAAUACGGAAGGUCCGCCGCCUAGCGGACCAAAACUUCCACUCGAUCAACGAGUAUAUCAGUUACCGUAUAAUCGGCAGUACGAACUUGAACGCGAUAAUCUGGAAAUUGGUAACAGGCUGGGAUGUGGCCAAUUCGGUCAAGUUUGGAUGGGUUGGUUAGCGAAGCCUCGCGUUACUGACUCUAUGGCCGAAAAAGUCCGUCUUCCAGUGGCUGUCAAAGGCCCGCUGGUCGGUACCAACGUGCAACACCAAAAAAUGCUUGCUGAUGAGUUGAAAAUAAUGUGUGCUAUUGGCAAACAUCCAAAUGUUCUGGCGCUCAUCGGCGCUAUCACAAAGAACAUGAAAGGGUAA